AUGGACUCCAGCCCCACCACAGAAGAGUCCCCAGUGGACUUCACUCACAGAGGCUUUCACAGAAGCCCGAGCCCCUCCUCGCAGGACGUGGCCCUGAGCAUGAACGGGUCUCCGCACAGGAAAAGGAACAUGCAGCACCUCGGGGUUGCCCCCAGCGUCUAUGCAGGGGCUGGAGGCCACGGCACUCGCAUCUCAACCCCCAGACACAUGAUCCACUAUGCGGGCAGACAUAAUGAGGACCUGUUGUUUGGCAAUGAGAAAAUAAUCAUGCAGAGCCUAAAUGACCGUCUAGCUAUCUACCUCGCAAAAGUGCAGGCCCUGGAGCGGUCCAACUCCAAGCUUGAAGGGAAGAUCAAGCACUGGUAUGAAACAAACGCCCCCAGCACUGAGCGGGACUACAGUGCAUAUUUCAACCAAAUCGAAGAGCUGCGAAAUCAGAUUAAGGAAGCUCAACUGCAAAACACUCGAUGCACCCUGCAAAUAGAUAAUGCUAAAAUGGCUGCUGCUGACUUCAGAUUGAAGUGUGAGACUGAAUGGGGAUUCCAACUAACACUGGAGGCUGAUCUCCACGGCCUGAGUAAGAACUUUGAUGAUCUAACCCUACGCAAGACAGACUUGGAGAUGCAAAUUGAAGAACUGAAUAAAGACAUAGUUCUCCUCAAAAAAGAACAUGAGGAGGACAUUGAAGGCCUGCGCAAACAGCUGGGCAACACCGUCAAUGUGCAGGUGGAUGCUGCUCCGGGCCUGAGCCUCAGCACCAUCAUGGAUGAAAUGAGGCAGAAAUAUGAAGAGUUGGUCCAGAAGAACCUUCAACAGGUCAAGGAACAGUUUGCAAGACAGACUGAAACUCUGCAGGAUCAAGUCAAAGUGAACAAAAUAGAAAUGAUAGGAACUGAAGAUCAAAUCAAGGAGCGGAGGCGCACCUACCAGAACCUGGAGAUAGAGGUCCAUUCCCAUCUCAGCAUGAAAGAAUCUUUGGAGCACACAUUAAAGGAUACAAAACAAAGUUACAAUAUGCAAUUGAGCAGGAUCCAGGCAAAGAUAAGCUCCCUAGAGGCUCAGCUGACACAUAUUCGGACUGACACAGAACGCCAAAACAAUGAAUACAAUAUUCUCUUCGACAUAAAGACCAGGCUUGAGCAGGAAAUUGCCACCUACCGCCGCCUUUUGGAAGGAGAAGAUAGGAGUGUGACAGAACUUCAGUUAAGCACCCUGGAAGAGAGAGAUAUCAAGAAAACCAGGAAGAUUAAGACUGUCGUGGAAGAAGUGGUGGAUGGCAAGAUUGUGUCAUCUGAAGUCAAAGAGUUGGAAGAAAACAUAUAA